AUGCACAUCUCAAAAGUUGCCCUCACGGCCCUUGCCAGCGGUGCUGCUGCUCAGCUUGUCCUGCCCAUUGGCCCCUACGGCGCUCGACUCAAGGCUGCGAGUGCCAUCGGCUCCAAACACCAUGUCGAUUUCGGGACUCAAUCCCAGCGGCCCUUAAGCGGCGGCCGUAAGCUGGGCUCCUCCUUCGCGGCCGACGACCUCCCGGCCUACAAGCACGGCCGGCACGCCCUCGUUGAGCAGGACGGCUCCGUGUGCCCUUCAUACGGCGAGAAGCAGUGGACCGGUACCAUUGACGUGACCGACACGCGUCGCCUGUUCUUCUGGGCGUUUGAGAGCCGCAAUGAUCCGGCCAACGACCCCGUCGUCUUCUGGAUGAACGGCGGGCCGGGCGGGUCAUCCAUGACGGGCGCCUUCACCGAGAUGGGCGCGUGCAUGUUCCGCAACGGCAGCGCGACCCCGGAGCCGAACCCGUGGUCGUGGAACAACAACGCCACGGUCGUGUUCCUCGACCAGCCUGCCAGCGUUGGAUUCUCCAGCAUCGCCCCGGGCGGAAAGCUGCCCACGGUGGACGAGGACGGCGCAGAGGACUUUCAAGAGUUUCUCAACAUCUUGUUCCGGGAUGUGUUUCCGGAGAAGGCGCACUUGCCUAUUCACAUCGCGGCUGAAUCCUACGGUGGUCAUUAUGGCCCGACGUACGUCUAUCAUAUCCUGGAGUCCCGCCGAUACAAUGCGCCGACGGCCUUUUGGGGCAACAUCACAUCCAUGAUCCUGAUUGAUGCCGUACUCGAUUUUGGUGGACCUUUCGGGGGAUCCUAUGAGCUGUUUUGCAAGGACAAGCGUGGAGCUGGAAUUUUGACGGAAGAGCAAUGCGAGAAGAUGCUGGCGGCCCUGCCAGGCUAUGAGAAGCUUGCCCGGCAAUGCGAGCAAUCACUCGAUGCCAACGUUUGCGCGGGUGUACUCGCUUACGCCGAGGAGAAGAUCACCGUUUACUAUGACCAGUUGGUUGACAAGGGUGAACGCAACCCAUAUCAUAUCCACCGCCGUUGCCUGAGUCACCCUCUCUGCCCGAACCCAGAGAUGGGCAACUUUACCGAGUAUCUGAAUCGCAAAGAAGUGAAAAAGGCGCUCAGGUUCCCCAAGUCCUUUACCUUCCACGACGUGAACAUGGAGCUCAACUCAGCCUACACCGCGUCCGGCUCGGCCUGCAUUCCCACCACACCCAAGGUCGCAGACAUCCUCGACGCUUACAAGACGCCCAAGUUCGUUGAUGACGGCAAGAGCAUCGGGGAUAUCCGCAUCAUGGCCCUGAACGGGAACCUUGAUGCCGGCAUCAACACGCACGGCAACAUUGCCCAGUAUGAGCGCAUCAUCUGGAGCCGCAUGGGCGAGUAUCGUGCCGCCGAUUGGCACAACCUCGAAAAAGCAGAGGUCAAGGGAACGGGAUCAUGGAAGGGAACCAAGGAUGGAAGACUGGUAUUCAUGGCUGUGGAUGAUGCGGGACACAUGGUACCUGGCGACGUCCCUGAGGCGAGCUACCAUAUUCUGCAGCGAUGGCUACACAAUGAAUGGCGAUAA